GCGGGUUUUACGGGUUUAUGAACAGACCGGCUUCUUCUACUACGCCUACCUUUCCUUCCAUGUUUCUGUUUGUACACUUCCGCAGUUCAAACACCGGAAAAACGUUUUCAGAUAGAAACAGAGAGAAAUGUGUGGGAUUGCUCUGAUCAUUUCUGGAGUUCGUUUCCAGCUAUCGUCCCUCAUCGGCGAUUCCACACCUCAAACCGAGCAAAAACCGGUUUUCAGCAUCGACGAUCUCAAAGCCGCUCUGCGGAGGAGGGGUCCCGAUAGCUUGGGCGCCAAGAAACUGCUUCUUCAACCGAGGAUUUCGCGCCCUUUCGACGACCGAGAAAUCGCAUCUCUCGUUGGAAAACAAGAGGCUAUAGAAACCGAUGACUGUUAUUUGCAACAGUGCGGCGAUAAAAGCCGUAACUUCGGUUUGGCAAAUGGUCGAACAGUUAAUUUGCAAAGUGAACUCACAGAGAAACACAAAGCCGCCGCGGAAUUUCACUUCAUUGGCGCCACUUUGCAGCUCAGGGGAACGAGUCCCAUCGUUCAGCCCUUGGUAGACUCGUCUAGGAAUAUCCUUGUUUAUAAUGGCGAAAUCUUUGGGGGAAUUUGUACCCGUAGCGAGGAGAAUGACACGGAAAUUCUGUUGCAAGCAUUGGAAAGCUGUGGUGAUGCAAGUGGGAAAAAGUUUUCUGUUAUAGAAGUUCUUUCGAAGAUAAGAGGGCCUUGGUCCGUUAUCUAUUGGCAGGAAAGUUCAAGAACUCUGUGGUUUGGUCGAGAUGCAUUUGGCAGGCGAAGUCUUCUUGUGCACUGGCCCACAGCGGACGACUCUCGGUUUCUGCUUUCUUCGGUGUCGCCGGUUUCUCCUCUUGAGCAGAGUUCAGAUUUAGAAGUUGAGAAUAGAAUCAACGGUCGUAAAUUUUGGGAAGAACUUCCAUCUGGCAUAUAUAGCAUGAAUGUAGAUGCUCCAAGUGGUGAUGGGUUUUUGGUUUCUGAUGUAAGAAAACAUGAGUGGGCUGAUUCCAUGCUACAGGAACUCAUAAAUUGGGAGAGAGCUUGUGUUGAACCCAGGCCUGAAGAUCUACAUACCUCCCGUUGUAAGACUCUCACGGUGCAGCAAGGGCCUACACAAGCUCCAUUAUUGGUGGCAGCAGAGACCGUCCUGAUCGCUCUAAGGGAAUCUGUUAGGCGACGCUCCUCACUGCACACAAUCUUUCAGGCAGAUACACGUGGUCUAGAAAAGGAACACGUUCCUAUGGCUAUUCUUUUUUCUGGUGGAUUGGAUUCUAUGAUACUUGCAGCAUUGCUGAAUGAGUGCUUAGAUCCCAGAUAUGAGAUAGAUUUACUUAAUGUGAGUUUUGAUGGCCAGUCUGCUCCUGAUAGGAUCUCUGCUAAGGCUGGAGUCAAGGAACUAAGAAACAUUGCACCUUCAAGAAAGUGGCAGCUUGUCAGGAUUGAUUCUGAUUUGUCGACCCUGACCCAUGAAACUAAACAUGUCAUGUCUCUCAUAAGUCCUGCAAAUACCUACAUGGACCUAAAUAUAGGAAUAGCUCUAUGGCUAGCUGCUGCUGGUGAUGGAUGGGUGUGCGAGGGAGAUGAUGAGGAUUAUCUACACGUUAGAUACAGGUCAAAGGCAAGGAUUCUCCUUGUUGGUUCUGGUGCUGAUGAGCAAUGUGCUGGCUAUGGAAGGCACAGGACAAAAUAUAAAAACGGAAGCUGGCGUGGUCUGCAUGAGGAGAUGAAAUUGGAUAUGCAGAGAAUUUGGAAAAGGAACCUAGGAAGAGAUGAUAGAUGCAUUGCUGAUAAUGGCAAGGAGGCGAGAUUUCCUUUCUUGGAUGAGGAGGUCAUAAAAGUUUUGCUUGAUAUCCCUUUGUGGGAAGUUACUGACCUUGAUCAACCUAGUGGAACAGGUGAUAAAAAGAUCUUGAGGGAGGUUGCUCAAUUGCUUGGUUUGUACGAAGCCGCAACUCUGCCUAAAAGAGCCAUACAGUUUGGUUCAAGAAUCGCAAGGGAAUCGAAUAGAAAGAACUUUGGAAGCAACCGUGCUGCCAAUCAAGCUUCUGCAGGAAGUGUAGUAAUCAACACAAAAUCGGGUUUGCCUUAACUUUUUUUCGUCAAUUUGCUUAGCUGGGGACUAUUUCUGUCUUUGGUUCUAAAGAUGGACGACCACAAGAUUGACAAAGAGCUCUUGAGAACACUGUUUUCCCAUAUAUUUGCCCAAGCAGAAGACUUGCGCUGCUGGUAUGACCUUGGUCUUCAAAACAUACGAGCAUUAUACUUGGUUGUUUAUCGAUGAACAUGUCUAAGACCACAGCUUCUGUUGAGGACUAUAGACAUAGCACUCAUUUGAUUACAGCUCUUUAAUUUAGUUUUGUUUUGUUUUGUUUUGCUUUUUGCUUUUUGUUUUUUUUUAAUCAACAUCAGAAACAAUAGUUAAUAACAAAUUGAAAGGUGCCAAGAUUGAAUUUUGUUGUUUCUGUUGGUCUUCCUAGUACAUUUUU